CCUACAUUCUGUUGCUAGGCAACGUUACAUCUAUUCUCUAAAUUGGCAAGAUGGCGUUUAAUUUUUCUGAUUUGCUCAAGUCUGUUGCUUUUCCAGGGGACAUCGAUCCUACUUAUCUUCUCGCAGUAUCUGGGUCAGAAUACAGAAAAGACGUUAUCAGAGGAAAAAAGAAGAAAGGAUACAAGGACGAGAUUAAAAUAGCAGCCUCGCUAGAGAUACAGCGAGUCUGGAGAGGAAAUCGGACUAGACUAAAAAUCAGAGAACUAUUUGCUAGAACUGGCAAUAAAUCUAAGUUGCAAUCAACACGUGUUGCAGGAGCAUGUUCGAUUCAAAGAGCCUGGAGGCAAUAUAAAAACAAAAAACUUUUCCAGUCAUUUCAGAAUCUUAUUAAUUUUCACAGAAGAGGCGAUCCUUCGUACCUACUUCGCUGCAUUAAUCCUCAAGAGGCUAAACUCCUUGAUAAAGCAUCUGGCUGCUAUGUGAGAUUCCGGUUAGGAGGAGAGACCUUUCCUCCAAUGGUGUACUACAAGAUAUACACUAAUAGAACUGUUGUUGACUUGUGUGCUUCCUCUCCAAGGGACUACACAGCAAUGUGUGAGAGAAAGUCACUAGCAAAAGAGCUCCAUAACAACACUGCCCUCUCCGUCCCCCACGAUACGAGUGGCUGGUAUAGAAGAGAAGAGAAUAAUGGCUGGAGGCCAGUUGUGCUCAAUGAGCCUUCGCUUAUGCCUAAGCCUGUUCAACCGUUCAGACAUUUAAAGCUAAUGAGGCGAGAGGAUCUCGAAAAGAAGCGCAAGCAAAAAAGAAUAGAAUGGCUAACGAAAUUAUAUACUGCAAAUGUAAAUGGAGAAGAGAUGGAGCAAGAGGAUGGUAGCGAAGUAGACGGACUAAUUCAAUGGAGCAAUGAACUUGAUUAUGAUAAAUACAUCAGUGAUUGGCAUUCAUUUGGUACAAGUGCAACCACUGAUCCUUAUACAGUACAGCUCAUUAAAGCAUAGAUACUACUGGUUGUUGCAUUCCUUACUUUUCUUCUGUAUAAUAAUGACUGGCUUGGGAUCUUCAGAAGUUAUUUUAUAAUAAUUAUUAUUGUCAUCAUUCUUUCUUAAAAAUUAACAAUAAUUAUAUAA